AAAAUAUUGCUAAUGAAAGCUCCAAGGCAACCCCCCACCCGCUCAGUACAUGCACCAAAUCCAAUUCCACCUAUAUAUAUACACUCUUACUUCAUAUCGCUCACUCACUUCAAACAAAACAAAUUUUAUACUCUUUCUAUACAUUUCAAAUCUCUCUGACAAAUGGGUUUCUCGCAAUUUUCUAAAUUAGCCUAUAAUUUUCUUGUUUAUUUUGUACUUUCGAGCUUAUUAACUAAUUCGUGUCUCAGUGCUAGAAAACUAACCUCACUGUACAAACCACCACCAAUGGCUCUAAAAUACCAUAAUGGUGCUUUGCUCCAAGGAGACCUUCCCAUUUCUAUUCUCUGGUAUGGAAAUUUCUCACCGCCUCAGAAAUCCAUUGUUGCUGACUUUUUUCUCUCUCUCCAUUCUUCUUCUAAACCACAGUUAUUAUCCGAUCAUCAUCAGCCUUCAGUCUCAAGCUGGUGGAAUACCAUUCAAACCUACUUACAAAAAGCUGGCAAAAAACCAAGCCGGAUUGUUUUAUCAAACCAGUUCUCGGAUAAGAACUGCUCUCUCGGUAAAUUCUUGAAGAAGUCCCAAAUUUCCGAGUUGGCUCACCGGGUCAACUCGAAACCCGGCGGGUUGACUCUGGUUUUGACCAGCCGAGACGUGGCAGUUGAGGGAUUCUGCGUGAGCAAUUGCGGGUUUCACGGGUCGGAUAGGAAAUUGAAAUCCGUUUUCAUUUGGGUCGGAAACUCGGUUGAUCAGUGUCCGGGUCAAUGCGCUUGGCCAUUUCACCAACCCAUUUACGGACCACAGACUGAGCCGCUUGGAGCACCCAACGGGGACGUGGGCGUGGAUGGCAUGGUCGUAAAUAUUGCGAGCCUUCUGGCCGGAACCGUGACCAACCCGUUUGGGAAUGGAUAUUAUUUGGGUCCGGCUGACGCACCGCUUGAAGCGGCGUCGGCUUGUCCUGGUGUGUACGGAAAGGGGGCGUAUCCGGGUUAUGCUGGGAAGGUUUUAGUGGAUUCAAGCUCCGGAGGGAGCUAUAAUGCGCUGGGUGCCAAGGGGAGGAAGUACCUAUUGCCUGGAUUGUUUGACCCAUCUACUUCAGAGUGUUCAACGGUUGUGUGAGAGGGAAGUGCUGUUAUAGAGACACGUGUGCCUUAGAGUUGUUGCUCGUGCAUAUAUGUGUUUUUUUUUUUUUUUUUUUUUUUUUUUUACCUCCUCGCUCAAUGGUUGUAUAUAUAUGUUGUGUUACUAAUUUAACCAAAAAAAAAAAAAAAAAAAAGGAAAAAAAGUGGUGUUACACAAUACUCAACUUUCUUUUUUUUGGCCAAAAUACAUCUUAAUAUCUAUUAUUCCCACAA